AUGUCCCACAACGAACAGUCGGGGGCCGACGUGGCGGAGGACUACAAGCAGGCUUUGGAGGAUCUGAACUCAACCAACAGGGCCGACAUCAGCACGUUGACGACCAUUGCACGAGAGAAUACCGAGCACGCCCAGAUCAUCACAGAUAUUCUCCAGAGGCAUAUCAUUAAAGCACCGGCGCACAAGAAGCUGCCUGCUAUAUAUGUGCUCGAUUCAAUCGUUAAAAACGUCGGCACACCCUACACUCUAUUCUUUGGAGCUCAGCUUUUCCAGACCUUUAUGGAGGCCUAUGCUGCUGUGGACGGCCAUGUCCGUCGCAAGAUGGAGGAGACACUGCAGACGUGGAAGCAACCUGUGCCUCAGUCGCUCGACGACAGGCCUGUGUUCCCGCCAGAAGUCACGAAGCCGAUUGAGGAAUCGUUGAACAAAGCGCGGAAUUCAGCUUUGGCUCUCCAGGCGCAAGGUCGUGGACACCCCGUGGGUAGAGCCCGUGGCGCAGGAAUUCAUAGGGCAACGCCGACACCACCCGGCAUGAGGCCAGGAUCGAGCCAGCCCGGAUAUCCUGGCCCGCCACCUCAUGCACAACAGCAACAGCUCAACGGUAGCCGGCCACCUAGCGUUCAACAACAGCAGGCACCGGCACCCUAUCCCCCACCACAGGCAUAUGGCGGCCUCCAGCCUACUGCUGGUGCCCCCACACCGUUCCAGGCGUCGCCGUCGCAGCAUAAUUCCGUGAACAUUGCCGUGUUGAAGCAUGACAUCCAGGAGCUCAUCACCGCCUCCACGUUGGAAGCGGCGCAGUAUCCGCACGAUGGGGUUAUUAAGGCGAGGCUGCAGGGGUUGCAUGAUUUACAAAGGUUGCUUCAAACCCAGGACAUGCCGCAGGAUCAUUUGAUCCUCAUUAAAAAUCAAGUAGCCGAUCUCGCUUUAAAAGUGAGGCCACAGUCGGUCCCAAGCUCUGCCCCUAUUGCUGCUGCUACGCCCGUAUCAUACCACCCACCGCCGCCUGCACCCGUGGCGCAUAUAGCGCCGCAGCCAGCCUCAGUCACACUUGAUUCUCUGCUUGGCCAGGGCGCGCUGGCGAGUCUCUUGGCUCGACAGUCUGCGACGCCGCAGGCGCAAACGCCGGCGCCAGCUCCGCCGCCUUACGCCGGCAUGCCGAUUCGAUCGCCUCAGCCGCCCGUGGCCGUGCCGUCACGACAGCCUAGCGCGGCACCGACCCCGGAUCCGAUGGCGUUGCUCGCCGGUCUGCGCAUGGCCGGUCUCCUGGGCGGCACGCCUACGACUACACCGCCGGUACCGACACCAAUACCCAACCUGCCACAUCCUGGGCUGCCUCUGCCAUCGCUCGGGGGUGUCCCUCCUCCACCACCCCCGGGAGGGAUACCGCCGCCAGGGGCCGGCAUCAUACCUCCAAACAUCGCGAGUUUGCUUAGCGGCAGUAAUCUUCCGCUGUCCGUGCGUAUGAUGGACCAAUACAGCUCAAUUCAACGUCACUAA